CACACGGUGUAAAGCAAGGCUGAGCAGCUGGAAGUAGAUGGAGACUGGAGGGCUUCCAAUGCACUGAUACGAUAAGUAACGAACAGUACCGUAUAGAGUGUUAGAAGCACAAAGAAAAGAGCAAGAAGAUGAGCGUCGACAACGACGACGCUACCAAUACUAACUUCCAACACCAACACCAAGAUCUGGACCACUCCUCCGACUACCUAUCUAACCCUCUCCCCCAAAUCCUCGACUCUCAGCCUCAGCCCCAGCCCCAGCCCCAGGCGCGGCGCCCCCGCGGCUUUGCGGCCACUGCGGCUGCUGCAGCCAUGGGUCCCGCCACAACGGCAAAGGGGAAGAAGGAGAGAGAGAAAGAGAAAGAGCGGACCAAGCUGCGGGAGCGCCACCGCCGAGCCAUCACCAGCAGGAUGCUCGCCGGCCUCCGGCAGUACGGUAAUUUUCCUCUCCCCGCGCGCGCAGAUAUGAACGAUGUGCUUGCGGCCCUCGCUCGUGAGGCCGGCUGGGUCGUUGAGGCUGAUGGGACUACCUACAGACAGUCGCCCCCUCCUUCCCAUUUGGCAGCAUUUCCUGUGAGGUCAGUUGAGAGCCCACUAUCUUCUAGUUCGUUGAGAAAUUGCUCUGUCAAAGCAGCGUUAGACCAUCAGCCAUCAGUUCUGAGAAUUGAUGAGAGCUUGUCACCUGCAUCUCUUGAUUCAGUGGUAAUUGCAGAAAGGGAUACUAAGAGUGAGAAAUAUACCAGUGCCAGCCCCAUCAAUUCAGUUGAAUGCCUGGAGGCUGACCAACUUAUGCAAGAUAUUCGUUCUGGGGAGCAUGAGAAUGAUUAUACUGGCAUUCCAAAUGUCCCUAUUUUUGUAAAACUUCCAACUGGUGUUAUCAACAAUUUCUGCCAGUUGGUUGAUCCUGGAGGUGUUAGACAGGAGCUUAGUCAUUUGAAAUCUUUAGAUGUAGAUGGCAUUGUUAUAGACUGUUGGUGGGGUAUUGUUGAAGGCUGGUGUCCACAGAAAUAUGUUUGGUCUGGCUAUCGCGAGCUUUUCAACAUCAUCCGAGAAUUCAAGCUGAAGUUGCAGGUUGUAAUGGCAUUUCAUGAGUUUGGAGGAAAUGAGUCUGGUGACAUGUUGAUUACCCUCCCAUGUUGGGUUUUGGACAUUGGAAAAGAAAAUGGGGAUAUAUUCUUCUCAGAUCGUGAAGGAAGGAGGAAUACUGAAUGUCUAUCUUGGGGCAUUGAUAAAGAACGAGUUCUAAAAGGAAGAACUGGCAUUGAGGUCUAUUUUGAUUUCAUGAGAAGCUUCCGGAUGGAGUUUGAUGACUUGUUUGCAGAGGGUCUCGUUUCUGGUAUAGAAAUUGGACUCGGGGCAUCUGGAGAGCUGAAGUAUCCAUCCUUUCCAGAAAGGAUUGGAUGGAGGUAUCCGGGUAUCGGUGAGUUUCAGUGCUAUGACAAAUAUUUACAACAAAGUCUGUGCAGAGCAGCUAAAUUGCGUGGGCACUCAUUCUGGGCUAAGGGUCCUGAUAACGCUGGCGAAUACAAUUCUAGGCCACAUGAGACUGGUUUCUUUUGUGAACGAGGUGAUUAUGAUAGCUACUAUGGCCGCUUUUUCCUCAAUUGGUAUGCGCAGUCAUUAAUAGAACAUGCAGAUAAUGUAUUGUCACUUGCAAGCCUUGCAUUUGAGGAAACAAAAAUAAUUGUUAAGGUUCCUGCUGUUCAUUGGUGGUACAAGACUGCUAGCCAUGCAGCAGAGCUAACGGCAGGAUUCUAUAACUCUACGAACCAAGAUGGAUACUCUUCGGUAUUUGAGGUUCUGAGAAAACACAUGGUGACAUUGAAGUUUGUUUGCUUGAGGUUGCACGUUUCUGGUCAGGAAAAUGAUGAAGCAUUGGCUGACCCAGAAGGUUUGAGUUGGCAGGUUUUAAACUCAGCCUGGGAUCGAGGAUUGGCUGUAGCUGGUGAGAAUGCACUUCCAUGUUAUGAUAGAGAAGGGUACAUGAGCAUGGUUGAGAUGGCCAAGCCAAGGAAUGAUCCUGAUCACCGCCACUUUACAUUCUUUGUAUAUCAACAGCCGACCCCUUUGGGUGAAGGAACAAUUUGCUUACCAGAGUUGGCUUACUUCAUUAAAUCUAUGCAUGGUAAGGAUUCUUAAAGUUCAAUCUGAUUUGUUCUGCGCAUGUUUCUACAUUUGGAGCUAAAAGUUUAAUGCUUCCUUUCUUGAAA